CGGUGAAAUUUUGCAGUCCCCCGAACCUAUACGGAGUGGAAGCCAAAAUGGAAGACGCUCCUGUUGCCUAUGGCUUUCCAAACAUUUUUAUUACGAUGUUUGCUACUUUUUUCUUCUUCAAGCUUUUGAUUAAAGUUUUCCUGGCGCUCCUAACCCAUUUCUAUAUCGUCAAAGGAAAUAGAAAAGAAGCGGCUAGGAUAGCAGAAGAGAUCUAUGGUGAAAUUUCAGACUGCUGGGCCGAUCGCUCUCCACUUCAUGAGGCUGCGGCUCAGGGGCGCCUGCUGGCCCUUAAAACCUUAAUUGCACAAGGUGUCAACGUGAACCUGGUAACGAUUAACCGGGUGUCUUCUCUGCACGAGGCGUGCCUCGGCGGCCACGUGGCCUGCGCGAAGGCCCUAUUGGAGAACGGCGCACACGUCAAUGGGGUGACAGUUCACGGAGCCACGCCCCUCUUCAAUGCCUGCUGCAGCGGCAGUGCUGCAUGUGUCAAUGUGCUGCUGGAAUUUGGAGCCAAGGCCCAGCUGGAGGUGCACCUGGCCUCGCCCAUCCACGAGGCAGUGAAGAGAGGCAACAGAGAGUGCAUGGAGAUUCUGCUGGCAAAUAACGUCAACAUCGACCAAGAAGUGCCUCACCUCGGAACUCCCCUGUAUGUGGCUUGCACCUACCAGAGGGUCGACUGUGUCAAGAAACUUCUAGAAUUAGGAGCCAACGUGGACCAUGGCCAAUGGCUGGACAGUCCCCUGCAUGCAGCUGCAAGGCAGAACAGUGUGGAAAUCAUUCACCUGCUGAUAGACUUCGGGGCUAACAUCAAGGGCAAGAACGCUCAGGGCAAGAUUGCACUUGAUCUGGCAGCUCCAAAAAGCAGCGUGGAGCAGGCGCUCUUGCUCCGGGAAGGCCCACCCGCUCUUUCCCAGCUCUGCCGCCUGUGUGUCCGGAAGUGCUUGGGUCGGACCUGUCAUCAGACCAUCCAGAAACUCUAUCUGCCGGAGCCACUGGAAAGAUUCCUCCUCUACCAGUAGUCCAACCUGGCCAUGGGAAGAUGCUUGGAAAGAAGCAGGCUAUUGCCUGCUGCACCCCGGGUACCUAGUGUAGACGCCCAACAGUUAGAUUCCCAGUAUCUUCCGACAAGCUAAGCUAGUUAUGGCGAAUCCUGACAAGCUAAGCAAGUUAGGGCGAAUCCCUGAUGCCCCACGACACUUGGGGAGUGGAAACUCCUGGUUACUUUGGUGUUCUCUUUAACCAAAGGGCAAUCAGAAACCUUUUUGUUUGUAGCUCUUGUUAAGAAACUUUAAAAACAAACUGUCAAGUAGGGUGAAAGUAAAAUCAAGAUUGAUGAUUUUCAAUUGAGUCACCAUUCUGAAUAGCAUGCAGACAUGUAAAUCUGGGUAAAUAAGAUUAGGAUGAAUAUAUGUAUUCUAGGAUGUGUUCUGAUUGAGUUCUUCCCUCCUUCCCCCUGUCUUUCCUUCCUUCCAAGAAUAAAUUUCUG